AUGAUUCCAAUUAUUCUUCUUACACUUGGACAAAUUCGAACGAUGAAACGAGAUAAUAAUGAAUUUGCUAUAUGUCUUUUACUUCUUGUUCAUUCAGCUUUAUUUUAUCGUUUUACUGAUGGUCUUUUAACAACUUUAACAGUUAUACUUCUAUCAGCAUAUACUGGUGUACAUUUUUAUAUUCGUUUUUUAUUUGAUCAUCAUCGUUAUCAUUUGAAAGAUGAUUUUAAUAUUAUUACUCUUCGAUUAGGUUUUGUAUUGAUUAUGUUGAUUAUAUUAAUACCAUGGACGGGUCUUAUAACACAUUCAAAGCAAAUGCAUACUAAAACAGAAACCAUGUGCUCUCGAAUAGCAAUAUUUUCUUGGUUUCUAAACUUCGAUUCAAUGUUAAUUAUUUCUUUAUUAACACUGAAUAUUCGUAGUCAAGCAGAUUUUGGUCGAUAUCAAAUGCUUAUACUAUUUAUUGGAAUUCCACUUAUUUUUUUAUGGCUUUUAAUGGGAAAACUUUUGGCUAAUAAUAAAUCUCGUCAUUGGCUAGUAUGGACUAUUUUUUACAUAUUAGCAAUAAUACAAAUCACUCAUUUAGCAUAUAUUACUUAUUGGUCUAAAUAUGAAUACAGUUUAUUAUCAAAAACAAAUGCAACAAAUUUAAUGCCGUCACUUCUUAUAACAUUUAUUUGUGGUGUUCCUAUAGUUCCUGAUUAUCUUUAUCAUCUUCAACAACCAAAAAUCUACAAUAAUGAUAUUUAUAAAUUUUUAGCAAAAAAUUGCUCAAAUAAUGGAAUAAUACUACGACGAAAUUAUUUUGCUCGAAAUCCAUCUGCAUUUCAGCAAUUUCUUGAAACAUAUUGUAAUUGGACUGUUGAUUGGGCAAUGAAUAAAACUGAAAUCGAAAAUAAACAACGAAACACUAUUUUAGAAAAAGAAAAUCAAUGGGUUGGUAUAAUGUUUGCAUCGAAAGCUUUUGUUCAAUUGUUAACAAAUCCAUUUGUUGGUCCAUUAACAAACCGCGUUGGCUAUAGCAUUCCAAUGUUUUCAGGUUUUAUUAUUAUGUUUAUAUCGACUCUUAUAUUUGCAUUUAGUAAAAGUUUUGGCCUUUUAUUCAUUGCUCGAGCUAUACAAGGUGUCGGAUCGUCUUGCUCAAGUCUCGGUAUGUUGGCUGAUCGAUAUCCGGAAGAUGAAGAACGAGGAAAAGCCAUGGGUACUGCCUUAGGUGGAUUAGCCCUCGGUGUACUCAUUGGGCCACCAUUUGGAGGAUUUAUGUAUGAAUAUGUAGGCAAAGCAUCACCAUUUUUAGUAUUGGCUACAUUAGGUUUAUUUGAUGGAUUAUUGCAAUUAACGGUAUUGAAACCUGGCGUAUCUAGUGAACCUGUUGAAGGAGCUUCAUUAAAAACACUUAUUAAAGAUCCAUAUAUUCUUUUGGCUGCUGGUGCAAUCUCAUUUGGUAAUAUUGGUAUUGCUAUGAUGGAACCUUCAUUACCAAUAUGGAUGAUGUCAACAAUGAGAGCAACAGAAUUCCAACAAGGAGCUGCAUUUUUACCUGCAUCAAUUUCAUAUUUAAUCGGUACAAAUCUUUUCGGACCAAUGGCUCACAAAAUGGGACGUUGGCUAUGCUGUAUGAUCGGUUUAUUUCUUAUUUCAAUUGCUUUGAUUGGCGUACCAAUGGCUACAAGUAUCUAUGGUUUAAUUAUUCCUAAUGGUCUUCUAGGCUUUGCUAUUGGUAUGGUUGAUUCAUCAAUGAUGCCUACAAUGGGUUAUCUUGUUGAUAUACGUCAUGCAUCUGUUUAUGGAAGUGUUUAUGCUAUUGCCGAUGUUGCAUUUUGUCUUGGUUAUGCUAUUGGUCCGGCUUUAAGUGGAUUUAUUGUACAUGCAUUUGGGUUCCGUGCUAUGCUUUAUAUUAUUUCACUUAUAUGUUUAUGCUAUGCACCUCUGUUGUUCUAUCUACGAAAUCCACCAGCAAGAGACGAAAAAAUGUCAUUGAUUAUGAACGAAAAUCAUAAUUCAUUUUCAUAUAUACGUAGUAAAUCAUUGGAUGAUGAAAAUGCUUAUUGA